GCACUGAUAGGUGGCACUGAUAGGUGGCACUGACUGGCACUGGUGGGCACUGAUAGGCGGCACUGAUGCACACUGAUAGGUGGCACUGACUGGCACUGAUGGGUGACACUGAAAGGCAGCUCUGACUGGCACUGAUGGGCACUGAAAUGUGGCACUGAUGGGCACUGGCAGGUGGCAUGGAUGAGCACAGAGCUGGCACUGAUGGACACUGACAGGUGGCGUUGCUGGGGCUACACAGAUCAUCAGGGCACGCUGAUCAUCAGUGCUCUGAUGAUCUCUCGUGAGGAGAGAAAUGCUGAAAACCGGCAUUUCUCUGUUUACAUGUGAUCAGCUGUGAUUGGACACAGCUGAUCACAUGACCGA